UUUUGAUUUUAAAAUGUUGACAUUUAUUUGUUUUACAGAAAAUUCGGCAUAAAAGUUUCAUGCCAAAAUAUCAAAAUUUGUCAAAUGUUUAUUUCUCGAAGGUAAAUGGCAAGUAUCAUCAUCCCUUUAACGCCCUCAGGCGCAAUUCAAAAUAUGGGCAUGCAGUUUUUCCAAGAUCAAGCUCAAAUUUUGAACCGGAAAUGUUUGAUGUUCCAAAGAAAAGUCCUCUCAGAAAGGCACUGGAUUAUUUAAUAGGACCAAACGGAAGGUGUAAUAUUCUAAAGCCAAUAAUUUGCAAGAGCAAGACAAUGCUUUUGCCACCUGGAUACUCAAUGGUUCAAGAUAUUGUCAGAAUAUUUAUCCUAUCGCUGACAAAGGAUUUAUCUCCCAAGGGCGAAGAUUUUAACUAUUGCGAGGAUAAAUUAUUUCCCGAUUGUAUUAUAUAGAAAAACACAGCAAUUAAAAAUUUAAUAAAGUCAAAAAUCAAACAUUUUCUAAAGUUAAC